AUGAAAAUCCAUGACGACGAUGAUGGCGUCUCAUAUUUACUGGACCAUUCAGACGUCCUGAUCAGAAGAUUGUCGGGGAUCGUCCCCUGGUUUGUGAUCCCAAUUUGGGGUUCUCCAUUUGACGUGGAGAGGAGAUGGACAGGGAGGGGUCCCCUGACUCUCUGACUCCCUCCCGAGUGCCUAGCCCUUCCUCUACGGCGAGAAGCAGAACGGAGGAAGGCCUGGACAUGUAGAAAAGAUAUACCAGCGGUGCACGGAAUUCACCCGCUUAUACCAACCUCAAGAAAGUGCAAUUGCCAUUUGCAGUUCACUCUAUGGUGGCCACUCCAUUUUCUGGAAUUUCCUGCACGGAGCCGAUUGACUGUUGCUGCUUAAAGGGGGGGAGUGAAAGGUUGGAGAUUUGUUGGUGCCCAAAUUUCUCCUCCGCUUUUCUUUCUUUACUUCCUUGCAUGAGCGUCGGGUGGGGUAACGUGAAAUACUCAAGAUGGUGAUGAGGAAGGUUGGCAAGUAUGAGGUUGGGAGGACGAUCGGCGAGGGCACCUUCGCGAAGGUGAAGUUCGCCAAGAACACGGACACCGGCGAAGGCGUGGCGAUGAAAGUGCUUGCCAAGAGUUCGAUUCUUAAACAUAAGAUGGUUGAUCAGAUCAAGAUGGAGAUAUCUAUCAUGAAGCUUGUUAGGCAUCCCAACAUUGUGCGAUUGCAUGAGGUGCUUGCAAGCCAGACAAAAAUCUAUAUCAUUCUAGAGUUCGUCACUGGAGGAGAGCUGUUUGACAAGAUUGUUCACCAAGGGAGGCUUAGUGAGAGGGAAUCUCGGCGAUACUUUCAGCAGCUUAUUGAUGCUGUUGAGUAUUGCCAUAAAAAAGGAGUCUAUCAUAGAGACCUAAAGCCUGAAAAUCUUCUCCUGGAUUCUCAAGGAAAUUUAAAAAUUUCAGAUUUUGGGCUUAGCGCACUACGCCGACAAGGUGUUGAACUUCUCCAUACAACUUGUGGUACCCCAAACUAUGUUGCACCUGAAGUGCUCAGUCACAAGGGGUAUGAUGGUUCAGCUGCAGAUGUCUGGUCUUGUGGGGUUAUCCUUUAUGUUCUGAUGGCAGGAUAUCUUCCCUUCAAUGAGACUGAUCUUCCAACAUUAUACAAAAAGAUCAAUGCGGCAGAAUUUUCUUGUCCUUCAUGGUUUUCCUCUGAAGCAACUGCACUGAUAAAGAAAAUUCUGGACCCAGACCCUGAUACGCGUAUUCGGAUUGAAGACAUCAAGAAUCAUGAAUGGUUUCAGAAAAACUAUGUUGCUGCUGGACAUGGUAGGGAUGAAAGUGUUAAUCUGGAUGAUGUUCAGGCUGUAUUUGAUGACAUUGAGGACCAAUAUGUUAGCGAACAAAGAGGCAAUAAUGAUAUGGGUCCUUUGAUCAUGAAUGCUUUUGAAAUGAUUACUUUAUCACAGGGUUUGAAUCUUUCAGCAUUAUUUGACCGAAGACAGGAUUAUGUAAAGCGCCAAACCAGGUUUGUUUCUCGUGAACCUGCCAAAGUAAUUAUAUCGACCUUAGAAACUGUUGGCGAAUCUAUGGGGCUUAAAGUUCGUGCUCGUAAUUACAAGAUGAGACUAGAAGGAGUUUCUGCAAAUAAGGCUGGACAGUUUGCCAUUGCACUAGAGGUCUUUGAAGUUGCUCCAGAUCUUUUCAUGGUGGAUGUUCGAAAGGCUGCUGGCGACACACUUGAAUAUCACAAGUUCUACAAGCAAUUCUGUAGCAAGCUGGAACAUAUCAUAUGGAGCCCGUCAGGCAUUUCAUCUAAAUCUGAAUCACUUAGUAGAGCUCCAAGUUGCUAGUUGCCUGCCCAACUAUUGCCCAGCGAAGGAUGGAUCAGCUUGAUGGUUUAGCAUCGAAAUGUAACUUGUCACCCUCGCCUGUUUCAGUCUACCGGGUUUGAGAUGGUGAUGGGAGGUGUAUAUUUCAAUAAUGAAUGUAUUGUUCGUUGACAGUUUGUUAUCAAUUUAUAGCAUGUCGCUGCUUCCGCGCUUUCUGGCAUUACAUGCCGGAAAGUGAUGUAUAGUUCAGCUCACUCGAACGGUUCUUUUUUGUAGAAAUGCAGAACAUGACGCUUGGUCUUAGAAAUGUAUAGUUUCAUGCAA